AUGUUGGCUGAAGAUAGUGGACUAGGGUGGCUGUCAAAGCCAAGUUUUCAAAGGCCGCAAGGUAAUAUGCGUAUGAAGCGUUGUCCACUGCAAACUGAUCGGUGCUGUUCGUUGUACUUCGACAAUCGCACCAAUGCGGCAUCGUGUUGGUUUGAGCUUGUUCAUGUAAGUUAUGAGCUUGUUCAUGUAGACAGUUACAUAACGUGUCAUACGGGUGUUGGUGGCAAAGACACAACCAUAUGCCCAAUGCCAGACAAUAUGUGUUGCGCAUUUUACUAUGACAAUGGCACUGAUGCGGGAAUGUGUUGGAACGAACUCGUUAGGGAGUCGUUAGUCUUACCGCAACGUGUCACAGAACAUCGCGCGACUAGAGUUUGUUGCCGACCGGACAUUUGCAACGAUGCCGAAUUCAUUGCAAAGAACAAAUUUAAAAUUGAACUGAUUUCACCCGAUGAACGAGAAGACAAGGCACAGCCAGUUUUUAAACAAAUGGAUCGUGAUCUCAUGAUCAAGCACAGAAUUAGAGCUGAGACUGUGGGCAAUCAAGGCAAUCAACAAACGUUUGCUGCGGAAUAUUUUGUACUGAUUCUUUUUGCGGUAUCCUCACUCGUCAUGACUUAG